UCACGCGAAUCUAGCUAUUUAAUCUAUCGUAGGUCGGAGGGAACUUUAUUUUUAAUAUAUUACAUUGAUUUUCUUUUGAGUCUACUUAGAAGUACUUUCGAUAUAUUUUUAGUAUCAAGAUUUACCGUUUUAUGCACGAAAAUUUACCUUUAAUGUGAAAAUGUUAUUUAUUAUGCGGAAACUACAAUGGCCGUGCUAUUUGAGUGUCAAUAACAAGUGUUUAGUUGUAUUGGGACUUUAAUUUGCAAUGGUUGUAUUUAAUAAUGUGACGAUGGAUACUUUUCAUCGAAGGAAAUGGCUGUUACUUUUGAUAACCAUCGUGUGGCGGAAGCUGGACCUUGUCAAUGGUCUGAAGUGUUACUGCAACAGUGAUAGUCCCAGCUGCCCUAACUCAACAUGCGAGACAGAUGGAUUCUGCUAUGCCUCAACAACAUUGGAAAAUGGAAUACAGAAAUAUUCAUACCAUUAUAGAGUGCUGGCCUUAAGGUGUAUGAACACGAGCCAAGCCUUCUAUCGAGAAGGCUAUCCAAUCAUAUGCACGCAGCCAAGAUAUUAUUGCUGUUUUAAAGAUUACUGCAAUUCUGAUGAGAUUUCCCAAGAAAUAUUAGACACAAUGGUACAUACCUCGAUCCUGGAGCCGGGCACGUCAGCGACGGCAUGGCAAGUGGUGCCGUGGCUUAUGGGUCUGAUGGUGCUCGGUGUGUGCGCCGCUAUAAGCUUCUGGUGGGCGAAGCGAUCGGGCAAGGUGAAGGAGAGAGGCUCCCGGCCGCUUUAUCCAGCUGAGGAGUCUCUGUGCGAGACGCGACAUCCGAUCACCGCCACUAUACGAGACAUGAUUGAACUUACGACCUCCGGCUCUGGAUCAGGUUUACCCUUACUUGUGCAACGAUCGAUUGCGAGACAGAUCCAACUAGUGGACAUCAUUGGUAAGGGCCGUUUCGGGGAAGUGUGGCGUGGUCGCUGGAGAGGAGAAAAUGUUGCGGUGAAAAUAUUUUCGUCAAGAGAAGAAUGCUCAUGGUUCCGUGAGGCCGAAAUAUAUCAAACUGUAAUGUUGCGACAUGAAAAUAUUCUUGGUUUCAUCGCUGCGGACAACAAAGAUAAUGGAACGUGGACACAACUAUGGCUAAUAACAGAUUACCAUGAGAAUGGGUCGCUGUUUGACUUCCUCACAUCGCGCACUAUAGACUCCAAUACUUUGAUAAAAAUGUCUUUGUCAAUAGCGACAGGAUUAGCUCAUCUUCAUAUGGAUAUUGUUGGCACUAAAGGUAAACCAGCUAUAGCGCACAGGGAUCUAAAAUCGAAGAAUAUCCUUGUGAAAAGUAAUUUGACUUGUGUGAUCGGAGAUCUCGGCUUGGCUGUGAGGCAUAAUGUAGCCAGUGACUCUGUGGAUGUGCCCUCUACUAAUAGAGUUGGCACUAAACGUUAUAUGGCACCAGAGGUUUUGGAUGAGAGUAUGGAUUCUAGACAAUUUGAUCCAUACAAACGAUCGGAUGUGUAUUCCUUUGGUUUAGUAUUGUGGGAGAUGGCACGUAGAUGUGGCGUCAUGCCGGAUGAAUAUCAACCGCCAUAUUACGACUGUGUACCUCCAGAUCCAAGCCUUGAUGAUAUGAGACGCGUUGUUUGCUUGGAGAAAAGGAGACCCAACGUCCCUAAUAGAUGGCACUCGGAUAUUGUAUUGUCUGCGAUAUCGAAGGUGAUGAAGGAAUGCUGGUAUCAGAACCCGGCAGCGCGGCUUACGGCGCUUAGGAUCAAGAAGACAUUGGCCAACAUCGACACCGCAGAUCACAUCAAACUCUAACUGCUCUCAUAAGGUCUCCUAUUCUUUAAUAGUAAUAAAAAAACCGACCUUUAAAUAUACCGCGGAAAAAUCUAGUGACAUCUCUCCAAUAAUGUACAAUCAUUAGCCUUUUAAGCUUACGAAACUACUUAUUUGGAGCUUAUUUUAGUUACUAAUUAGAUAUAAAAGUGUGUCUACAAAAUAUAUUGUCUUUUCCGCACAUUUUCGAAGUGCGGUGCCUAAAAGAAUUCUGUUGAAUUCCUUAGAAGGCGUGUUUAGGAUUCCGACCCUACCUCGUAGAUUUAUAGUCGAGUAAAUAUCACAGUGGAGCAUUUAUUGUACUAAAAAAAAAGUUAUAUUAGGGACAUUCGUUGUAGUGAUAUUGUUUUGUUACCAAGUACGUAGAUUUAAGUUUUGUUAAGGCUAUUCCGUUUAUCGUUUUAAUAUUAUUGUGCAUAUCGUAAACUAAAUCUUAGUAUGGGGGGUUUUUUUGUAAAGCUAUUUUACUGUGAUAUAAAGCAAAAAUUGCAGCUAUUCUUCACAAUUUUGCUUGUAAUCGGUUGCAAGUGUGUUUUUAUGUAUGAAGGGUGAGGUUUAGUGGAGGAUCACCAAAGCCCUAUA